CCGAAGAAGGACGGAGGGAAAGAGAAAACAUUGAAAGUUUGAGAAGGGAAAUCCAUCAUAAAAUCCAAAAUACUGCCAUGGAGGUCCCGGGACCGGAGAGCGACUGGAGGAGCCCGCAGUUCCGACAGAAAGUCGUAGCUCAGAUAGACGAUGCCAUGAGGAAGGCAGGAACCGCGAAUACCACGCACAAGUCCAGCACAGACAUGGAGAACCAUGUUUACAUCAAAGCUAAGACCAGAGAGGAGUAUUUGUCUCUGGUGGCUCGACUCAUCAUCCACUUCAGAGACAUCCAUAAGAAGGCCCUGGGAGGUCCAGAUCCCAUGAAUGCCCUGACUAACCUGACAGGGGGCCCGGGCGCCAUCGGCAUGGGGCCUCGCCCCGCCGGCGCUCCAGUGGGGGGCAUGGGGGCCAUGGGGCCGAUGCAGAUAGGCCAGCAUGCCAUGGCAGGGGUGGCUGGAAACCCACAAGCCCUCGGAGGCCCGGGGCAGAUGCCCAUGCAGCAGAUGGUGCAGCAGCAGCAGCAGCAGCAGUCCAUGCAGUCCAUGCAGUUCCAACAGUUCCAGCAGGCGCAGCAGCAGCAGCAGGCGCAGCAGCAACAGAGCGCCAUGCAGCAGCAGCAGAAUGCCGCCGCCAUCCAGCAGCAGUUCCAGGUGCAGCAGCAGCUCCGGGCGCAGCAGCAGCAGCAGCAGCUGCAGCAGCACCACCAGAACCAGCAGCUGCAGCAGCAGCACCAGAACCAGCAGCAGCAGGCGCAGAACCAGCAGCAGCAGAACCAGAUGCAUCAGUCGCGCAUGCAGCAGCAGCAGCAGAUGGUGCAGCUGCAGCUCCAGCAGCAGGCGCAGGCUCAGGCACAGGCUCAAGCUCAAGCUCAAGCACAGGCUCAAGCUCAAGCUCAAGCACAGGCUCAGGCUCAGGCUCAGGCUCAGGUGCAGGCCCAGUCCAUCCACAUGGUGCAGCAGCAGCAGCAGCAGGUCCAGGCUCAGCCCGGUCAGAUGCCGCCACACUCACAGCAGCAGCAGCAGCAGCAGCAGCAGCAGCAGCAGCAGCAGCAGCAGGCGGCCGGCAUGGUCCCUCAGUCUCUGGCUGGACAGAUUAACACUCAGCACGUCCCCAUCAACUCCCUGAGCCAGCAGCAGCAGCAGCAGCUGAAGAUGCAGGCCUUCCAGCAGGCCCGUGCAGCCUUGCACCAGCAGCAGGCCCAGCAGGCGGCGGCUCAGGCGCAGCUCAACGCAGCCGCCGUACCCGGUCAGCUGGUUCGUCCCGGGAUGCAGAUUCCUGCACGGCUUCCUCGAGCGCCUCUCAACUCGUCCAUCCCUCCGAACAGCGCUGCCGCAGCGGGAGCCCAGACCAUGACCCAGCAGGUGCAGCAGCAGCACACCAUGAUGUCCUCGCCCUCGCCGGUCCAGGUGCAGACGCCGCAGUCCAUGCCCCCUCCGCCGCAGCCGUCGCCGCAGCCCCCCACCUCUCAGCCCAACUCGGCCAGCUCCGGCCCCACGCCGUCGCCGGGAGGCUUCCAGCCCAGCCCCUCCCCUCAGCCCUCCCCGAGUCCGGCCACCUCCAGAACCCCACAGAACUACGGCGUGCCCUCCCCCGGACCGCUCAACACCCCAGGAAACCCCAGCUCGGUGAUGAGUCCGGCCGGAGCCUCCUCUCUGGAGGACCAGCAGUACAUGGAGAAGCUGAAGCAGCUGUCCAAGUACAUCGAGCCGCUGCGACGGAUGAUCAACAAGAUCGACAAGAACGAAGACAGAAAGAAGGACCUGAGCAAGAUGAAGAGUUUACUGAACAUCCUGACAGAUCCAACCACCAGGUGUCCCCUGAAGACGCUACAGAAAUGCGAGAUUGCCUUAGAGAAGUUGAAGAACGACAUGGCCGUGCCCACGCCGCCGCCUCCCCCGGUCCCCAAGCAGCAGUACCUCUGCCAGCCGCUGCUGGACGCCGUCAUGGCAAACAUCCGCUCGCCGGUCUUCAACCACUCGCUGUACCGGACCUUCGCGCCGGCAAUGAGCGCCAUCCACGGCCCGCCCAUCCUGGGUCCCAACGUGUCGGGCAGGAAGAGGAAGCACGAGGACGACGAGCGGCAGACCAUCCCCAACAUCCUGCAGGGCGAGGUCGCCCGGCUCGACGUCAAGUUCCUGGUCAACCUGGACCCGUCCUUCUGCUCCAACAACGGCACGGUGCACCUGGUGUGCCGGCUGGAUGACAAGAACCUGCCGAGCGUCCCGCCGCUGCAGCUCAGCGUUCCCGCCGACUAUCCGCUCCAGAGUCCGUUCUGGGCCGACGACGGCGAGCUGUACGGAGCGAACUCCUUCCUGCAGUCGGUCCACAGAAACAUGACGUCCAAAUUGCUGCAGCUCCCCGACAAACACUCGGUGACGGAGCUGCUGCACGCCUGGGCCCAGAGCGUCCGGCAGGCCUGUCUGUCCGCCACCUGAAGCCCCGCCCACCCCGCACGGCCCCGCCCCCCCAGACUCGGCAUGUUUCCUCCCAGCACGCGGCGUCCGGCUGCUCCGGUUCCUGUUUCCAUGACAACAACAAAAAGUAUUGACUGGCUGUUUUCCAGCGCUCAGCCCGUUCGUCUCAGCCGGAGACGAAGCCUGAACCCCCGAACUCCUCGUCCGUUUACACUCAGAGCAGCGAGGCGGUUAAGGUAUAAAAAAUUUUUUAUUGAGGUUGUCUUCAGAAACUGAGGGAGAAAGCUUUGUAGGACACGUUGGUGAACACGUCGAUGUGACUGCUGCCGCCGCCCACCGUCAGCACCUGAAACCCACACACACACACACCCCCCGUUCCUAUCAAACACUGAUGCUUCUGCUCCCUGGAAUGUCUGAUCGCAGGACAUCCGACACGUUUGUGGUGAGCCACGACUUUUCUGGAGCGAGCGUCUUUUUCAGUUUCAGGAUGAAAACAUUGCCGAUCAAUGCAUGCAAAAAAAAGAAAACCACAUGAAGAACUUUCCUCUAAAGCAUGGGUUUCAAACAUAAGGAUCGAGGGCCAAAUCAGGCGUGGAGGAAUAGAGCCCCGUUCACACGACGUUUUCAGGUGAAAACAAAACUUUUGGGUGUUCGUUUAUCUGAAAAAGCAACUUCUGCGAAACUGCUCCUGCAAUGUUUUCACUAUUAAACAUUUUUUCUGAAACGAAUGGCGCCUUUUCACUUGAAACAUCAUGCAAACGGGGCCUCAGUCACUCGAAUUCCUCGUGUUGUAAAAAUGGCGAAAUGCUGAAACUACUUUUCUUGUUUAGGUUUUUUAAUAGAGGCUGUAUCCGUCGCUCUCUGCACUGAAACAAAGGAAAACGUUUGUAUUCAACUGUUAAUAAAACUCUGGUUUUA